AUGUACCCAAACCUAACACAAAUAUUUUUUCGAGAUCUUCGAAAACGUCCGUGUUACUUAGAGACUCUGGACGAGGGCAGCUUUAGUCACCUGGACAAUCUUCGUGUGAUAGGCAUCAUUGGGUGUGAGCGACUCCACAACAUUGGACCGGGGGUGUUCGGACAGUUCCAGCUUCUCGAUACUAUAAAGAUUUACCGUAGCGGGAUAACACGGGUACCCAACAUGGAGAGCUUCAGUACCAGGAACAGGGAUACUAAUGAAAUAAUGCAUGAGAUAGACUUUUCAAACAACAAGAUAGAGACAAUCGAGGCGCACGCUUUCAUGUCCAUCAAAACAAACUUCCUUAAACUGGACAAUAACCGAAUUGUAAAAAUCGAGAAGAGUGCAUUUUACGAGGCGCAAAUAGUCAACCUACAGAUCAGCGAUAAUCCAUCAUUGACCGUUCUAGAAGAUGGCGCUUUCUCAGCAAUCCAUGAUUUAAAGAAAUUAGACUUGUCCCGAACCGCUAUCACCAGCCUCCCAACAUCUGGCAUUUCCGAAGUUGAGGAACUGAUCCUGAAGGAUACUAAAUCUCUGCGUCAUUUCCCGUCCGUGUGGACGUUUAAUAAGAUCAAGAAGGCACGACUGUACUAUCCUCAUCACUGCUGUGCAUUUCUUAUUCCGGAGAAGGAGAGUCCAGAAAAGCGCCGGGAUCAAAAGCAGCGUGCGUACGAGGAGGCUCAGCGCCGGAUACAUCAGGAUUGUGCCACGUCCGCCUCGCCUACCACACAGCAUCAGACGGACAUUUCUACUACAUUUGGAUCGUUGUCCCGACGACGGAAACGGAGGAAAUUUGACGACUUUCUACAGGACGGUGUGUCAGACAACCCGGCAGAACUCGACUUUGAGGAGAGUUGGGCUGGUUUACCCACGGAUGUCCCUUCCAUGAUCGACACAUUUCCUUGGUACCAGCCACCUGUGCCAGAAAAUAAACGCCAAAUGCAUGUAAAGUGUGGAGUUAUUUUCCGAGAGGAAAACUAUAGGGAGGUGGAUUGCACACCAACACCGGACGCGUUCAAUCCGUGUGAGGAUGUCAUGGGGUAUGAGUGGCUCCGGAUUUUCGUUUGGUUUGUUGUAAUGGCAGCAAUCCUUGGUAAUAGUGUGGUCCUGUUGGUACUAGCUUCAAGCAAAAGGAAAAUGACUGUACCCAAAUUCCUAAUGUGUAACCUAGCUUUUGCCGAUUUUCUCAUGGGUAUAUAUUUGUUGCUGCUGGCAUCUAUUGACGUCCAUACCCUUGGAGAAUACUUCAACUACGCUAUAUUGUGGCAAAACGAAGGUGGAUGUCAGACAGCUGGUUUUCUGACCGUCUUCUCGUCCGAGUUGUCUAUCUUUACACUAACCGUCAUAACAUUGGAACGUUGGUACGCGAUAAGUCACGCCAUACACCUCACCAAAAGACUUAAGUUACGUCAGGCUGUUUUUGUGAUGGCGGUCGGCUGGCUGUACGCUAUCGUCAUGUCCAUGCUUCCCCUUGUCGGUAUCAGUAAUUAUGGUAACGUUAGCGUAUGUCUGCCAAUGCAAAUUGACAACGCGACUGAUCAGGCGUAUGUCAUCUCUCUGCUGAUGAUCAAUGGCGUGGCAUUCCUGUGUAUCUGCUUUUGUUACAUCAACAUGUACUGGCAAGUGAGAAACAGUGAUUCCACGGCCCGGAGUAAUGAUGCUACCAUUGCAAAGCGUAUGGCUAUGCUCGUCUUCACAAACUUCGUCUGUUGGGCUCCAAUUGCUUUCUUCGGACUAACAGCUUCCGGUGGCUUUCCAUUAAUUGACAUUUCAAAUUCGAAAAUACUCCUGGUUUUCUUCUAUCCCUUGAAUUCAUGUGCCAAUCCAUUUUUGUAUGUCAUAAUCACCAAACAAUUUCGAAAAGACAUGUUAGCAAUCCUUGACAAAUACGGUAUAUGUAAGGAUAAGACGGGCAAGUAUAAAAUUACUGUGACCAGUAAGUCUUUAACUCAGUCUAGGAAAGACAGUUUAGCGCUUCACAAUGUCAUUCAUCCUAUUAACAGUUCAGUAACGCAGGUAUCCAUGAGUUUCAAAGGGUCAAAGAAUUCGCUCAAGAUAAGUACAGGGGCCCCCUCGCCAAACCUUACCCCUAAGGGAACGCCAAAAGAGGCUGAAUCCCCAAUCAUCACUCAAGUACGAAACGAUCUACUUGAAAGUCAGUGUGAACGAAAACUGAGUAUUGUCCGCGAAACUAAUGUGUCCUCUGACGAGUUUGGCGAGGUAAUAAAGCGUUACUCAGAUGGGCAAGAGGCGAGCACUCCACCACCUUUCACAAGAAGCCCGAGCGAGUAUGUCAUCUUCUUUCCUGCCAGUAGAAAGAGCAGUGGUCAUCAGACUCGUCCCACUUAUGGGCAUCAAUUCAGCUCGGAUACAUAUUCUUCCAGUCAGAGUGGCAACUACACAGAAACGUCGUGCCUAAGUGAUGUGUACACCGAUGCCCCCAACACCUGGGAUCCACGGGAGGACAUUUCCGGAUCAGCUGUCACAGACGACAUAUUCUAUCCAAUAUCCGAAGAGAACGUGGAAACCCCUCCUCUAAGCAAGAAUUCAGACGUAACUGGUGACGUGGUCGUGGAGAGUGAAGAUGACGACGAGGACGAGGACGAGGCUCAACAAGCCCUACUUGGACAUGCUGACGUAGAUGAAUCUAAAGAACAACACCAGGGUCUCACAGCCCGAUUUGUCCACUUCCAGAUGGCGGACGACGACGAGGGCAUUGACGUCACAGAAAAACAAAAAAGCUCCAACAGGGGGAGGUCAUCUGACAACAUGAAUUCUGUAAAAUCAAUAUAAACAUUCCUGCCAAGUAGUAUCUCAAUUAGGAUGGGGAUACCUAUGUAGCCAUAAGAUGGUGAUCGCCCUGUGACAGAAUGUUUCCGUCUCAAUAUUUUCUUAAAUUGUUAGCUUAUGAACAACGGUCAAUACAUCUAACAUUCCGUUGGUAUUUUGUGCUGUCAUCUUUAGGAGUUGUACAUAUAUAUCAUCAAAUCAUCAUCCGAUAGUUAAUAUGUAUUUCCUUCUUAAUUGAAAUCUUCAUUUUCAUUCCAAAUUUUCAAAUCGUGUCCUAAUUUGAUUACAAAGGUUGCUUCAGAGUUAAGAUAAAAUCUGAGUG